AUGGCCUUCAAGCAAGACGAACCUCCGGCCUACGGCCCUCCUCCAGGUGCCCCUCAACCUACCUACGGCGGCUACCAGCAAGAUCCAUACAUGCAGGGCGGCGCUCCCCCUCCUGGCGGUCCUCCUCCUCAGGGUUACUACCAGCAAGCUCCUCCCCAGAUGGGCUACCCUCAACAACCCUUUCCCGCCGGCCAGGGCCCUUAUCCUCCCCAGCAAGGACCCUACGGCCAGUAUCCUCCUCCUCAAGGCUACUACCCCAACGAUGAUCAACGAGGAAACGGCGGCGGCGCUGGCGGUGGUCUCAUGACCGGUCUUCUCGCUGGUCUGGCAUGCUGCUGUUGUUUGGACUGCCUUUUCUAA